AUGAGUAAGAGGGUGUGAGAUUUAUUGUUGUUUGAACCCGGCCAGGAAUGGGUGGCGGUUGAGACACCUUUUAUUUAUUAUUUCGGCUACCUAGCAAGAAUUAGCAAAUCCCAUUACGUACCCAGCUAGCUAGCCUUCUCUCACUCCAACCCCAUUCUCUCUCCAUUAUUUAACCUCCACACACCUUCACCUACUUCUAAGUUCUAACACGCACUUCCACUCUGCUUCCUUCACCCAACAACAACAAAAAUGGCAUUCCCUACUCAUCAUCAUCUCCUUAUUGUGUUACUGAUGAUGCUCACAAUAUUCCACGGUUGCUCCUGCGUCUCGGCGCAGGCUCCGGGCCCUGCUCCGGAGGCGUCGACGGAUUGCUCCUCGGAGCUGCUGACCAUGUCGGACUGCCUGACGUACGUGGAGGAAGGCAGCAACUUGACCAAGCCGGACAAGGCUUGCUGCCCGGAGCUGGCUAAGCUGGUCAGCAACAGGCCCGUGUGCUUGUGUUACUUGCUUCAGAAGAACAGCACCAGCAGCUACGGCAUUGAAAUCGACUUGAACAAGGCUCUUGAUCUCCCUUCUGUCUGCAAAGUCGACACCCCUCCUACUAGCGCCUGUGCUCUUCUUGGAAUACCAGUGGAAGCUCCCAUGGCUUCUGAAGGGCCUACUGCUAACUCACCUGCUGGUUCGGAGCAAGCACCUCAAGGACCUUCUUCUGCUUCCCCAGGAAACAGCGGACCUUCUUCAACUGCUGCUAAAUCCCUCAUGGCACUCUUUGUUGGCUUAGCUUUAGCAUCUCUUCCUACAUUCUUUUGAAUUUUUCCUACCUUUGUUUGUUAGUACCACUGUUGAUUUAAUUUCACAUUUUCUUUAAACUUACCAUUAAUCCAUUGGUGUUACUAGAUUUAUAAAUCAUUAUGUAUGUCAUCGACUUACUUGUGUUGAGAUUAAUAAAUGCCAAUUUUGCAGAUUUGCAUGUUCGGGGAAUCGUAUAUGCUCU